AUGAAAAACCAUACAUCUGCAACUGAGUUCAUUCUUCUGGGAUUAACAGAUGACCCAAAGCUCAAUAUUUUCAUUUUUCUCUUUCUACUUUUCACCUACAUACUAAGCAUUACUGGAAACUUAACAAUUAUCACCCUCACUCUGGUAGACUUGCACCUAAAAACACCCAUGUAUUUCUUCCUCAGGAAUUUCUCUUUCCUAGAAAUCUCGUUCACCACAGUUUCUAUUCCUAGAUACCUGGUCAGCAUAACAACAGGGGAUAAGACCAUUUCCUACAAUUCUUGCAUGGCCCAGGUGUUUUUCUUCAUAUUGCUUGGCUCAACAGAAUUUUUCCUUUUGACUGCCAUGUCCUAUGACCGUUAUGUGGCUAUCUGCAAGCCUCUGCACUACACAACAAUAAUGAACAGCAGGAUCUGCACCCUACUUGUCCUUGGUUCUUGGCUGGCUGGCUUCCUCAUCAUCUUUCCACCUGUGAUCAUGGGACUACAACUGGAUUUCUGUGACUCCAACAUCAUUGACCACUUCACCUGUGACUCCUCUCCUAUGCUUCUGAUCUCCUGCACAGACACGUCCUUACUAGAGCUCUUGGCAUUUAUCCUGGCAAUAUUCACUCUCAUUACAACCUUAACAUUAGUGAUUCUGUCCUAUGUGUUCAUCAUUAAGACAAUUCUGAGAAUCCCCUCUGCUGAGCAAAGAAAAAAGGCCUUUUCCACCUGCUCAUCCCACAUGAUUGUGGUUUCCAUCACCUAUGGCAGCUGCAUCUUCAUCUACAUCAAGCCUUCAGCAAAGGAAGAGGUGGCCAUAAAUAAAGGAGUUUCAGUUCUCACCACUUCUGUAGCGCCCUUGCUGAACCCUUUCAUUUACACCUUGAGGAACAAGCAAGUGAAACAUGCUUUCAAUGACUCCAUAAAGAAGAUUGUAUUUCUCUCAAAGAAGUAG